AUGGCUUCGACGUCGGAUAUCCAAGUGGCCUCUUUGGCUGCCGGGUUUACACUCGGCUUCGGGUUUCUGACAGUCUGGAAGGCAAUUCAACAUACUACGAGAAACAGACGGCCAUGGAGGAGCCAGUACAUCUACAUGAUUUGGGGAGAGAUUUUGGCAAACCUUAGUAUCGGCAUUAUCGGAUGGGUCUUUCUUGAUGGCCUUAUUGGUCCAACGGUACCCGUUCUAUUCUUUUUCCUAUUUCUCUGGGUGUUCGAAAUCCAGCUGCUGAUGCAAAUCAUUGUGAAUCGAAUUGCAAUUAUCGCGGAGAACAGAAGCACGGUAAUGAAGUUAAAAUGGGGCACAGCAGGCAUUAUUACCUGUAUCAACAUAGCCGUCUUUUGUAUCUGGAUCCCGGCACAUACCAAUCCUCCGGUUAGCGAAUUGUAUGUCCGAAUUAACGAAAUUUGGGAUCGUAUUUCAAAGAUUUUAAUUUUAAUUGUCGAUGCUGGCCUCAACUACUACUUCCUACGCACUGUCAAAGAGCGCCUUGUUACUCAACAUGGACUUAGCAAAUACGCCCCCUUGGUCACUUUCAAUGCUAGGCUGAUGAUAGUAUCUAUUCUCAUGGAUGCUAUGCUUAUUGGACUUAUGUCACUGCCAAAUCAAGUUGUUUACAUUCAAUUCCACCCUGUUACGUACAUGGUCAAAUUGAACAUUGAAAUGACGAUGGCGGACCUCAUUACGAAACUUGCGAGGGGCGAGAACUCGGAUAUGAACAUGCCAUCCACGUCCCACCACCGAACGGAGAUUCGGGAAGACGAUGAGGGCGCUAAUGCGCAACAAAAUUACAAGAUGCAAUCUAUACAAAGCACCAAGCCUGUGGGCGAAGAUUUCUCGUCCAUCGAUGAUGACAUGGGCCAAUUCGACGAGUCUAAAGCUGCUAGCACUCGCGGAAUUCUUGACGGAGGAAUUCAAGUCGAAACCGUCAUCACUUCAAGAAUCUCACGAAACUCUAGAGUUGGUGAGAGGCGGAAUGACGGCUCGGAUGAUGAGCUCCCACUGUCGUACCCUGUCCGGUGA